AUGAGCUUCCUCAGGCAAUUUGCCAGACAUGCGGCCGUCGACCUCGCGAACCAGUAUGCCAUCCCGGUCCGAUCUGUCACAGGCUCCAUCAUCAGCCGAAUAUCGGAUACACGGAAUCGACCGCUUUACCAAGCAUGUAUCGAUGCCGCUCCAGUUGGAAAGGAUGAUCGUGUUUUGGACGUUGGCUAUGGACGAGGAGCAGGCCUCCGCCAAUUAUACGACGUUGUAGGCCAAGGAAAGGGAAUCCUUUUUGGCGUAGAGCGAUCCCAAUACAUGGAUGAAGUGGCACGGAAGCGAUUUGCACUAGAACUGUCCGAAGAAGAAAAGCUACAACUACAUCGGGUUUUCGAUCUACGGCAUAUGCCCUACCCCAAUGAUUUUUUCGACGUUUUGCUGCACGUCGAUCUAAUAUAUUUUGUGAAAGACGAGCGACUGGAGGAAGUUUGUCGCGAAUUUUUCCGCGUCUUACAGCCUGGCCAUAAAGUGGUUUCUGCGAUGGAGUUUGCCUGGUUGGCCAAACUGGAAAAAUGGGGUUUGCUCACAAAGAACCAGUGUGACCCUGUACGCUAUUUGACCCGUCUCGAGCAAGCAGGAUUUGAAGAUGUGCGCUUGGAUUACCUAAAAACAUCCGGCCGCGAAAUACAAGUGCUAUGUGGUAGAAAACCAGAGGCUGACUCCCGGUAUUUUGAUCCGGAGCACAGGAUGGAAUUGCUGGAGAAGGAUGUGAAACGGCAGCUUUUACUCGACGACAUGCUGAACAAAGGCUACAAACCCUCUAAAGAAGAUCUAGAAUUGCUGAAGGAAGUGAAA